CCGGGAAAUAAACAGAGAGAGAAAGAGGAGAGUACCAGAGUGAUCAAUCAAUCAUGGCCAUCGAGGAGUUUGGGGCCUUGGACUGUUCGUCUGACUUUGUUCCCCCUUCGUCUCCAAAGAGAGAGGCCUGUUAGAUUUGUUGAGAAUCUGAGAUGGAUUUUUCAGAGUUCACGAAGGUUGUAUACAACAGAGUGCAGAAACUAGAGCCUGAAAAUGUUACUAAGGUUAUAGGGUACCUUCUGUUGCAAGAUUAUGGUGAGCGUGAGAUGAUCCGGCUGGCCUUUGGCCCUGAUAAUAUGAUCCGUUCAUUGGUCAACAAAGCCAAAACAGACCUCGGUUUAUCCAAAGCGGGUUUUCCUGCUCCAAUCUCGCCAUUGCAGGUGAAUUUGCCACCUGCUGCUGAUCACCCUCUACAGUUUGCUACAUAUUCCCCAUCUUCAUCACGUUCGGUUUCAUCUCCUUCCUCUUUGAGGCCUACAAACUCCUAUUGGGAAUCCCAAGUGACUGAUCAGCAGCAAAAUGUACAGAAUUUGGAUUUUGUUCAGUCAAGAUAUUCUGAUUCAGUUGUCGAAGAUUAUCGCCUCCAAAACCAAAUUCCAUUCUUGAAUGUGGAAGGUCAAUUAGAUUCUAUUAAUCCUAUUAACUCGGACUUCUCAGGCAGUGGGUUUUAUACUGAACCUGCAUUUGGCACUAGAACAAGUAGAAGGUCUCCAAGUUUGCCUGAAUUUCCUGUUAAGGUUUGCCAUUAUUUCAACAAGGGAUUUUGUAAACAUGGAAACAGUUGUAGGUAUUUUCAUGGCCAUCCUAUACCAGAAAGCUUUUCUCAGGUGUUCAGCCCAGGCUCCAAUGAGUCGCAAAAUGAAGAUCACUUAUUUUCUCCUCAGUUUAUCGAGAAGCUAGAACUAGAGAUCACUGAGCUUUUGAAAUCAAGAAGAGGGUGCCCAGUCUCCAUUGCAUCCUUGCCAAUGCUGUAUUAUGAGAAGUAUGGGAAGACUCUUCAGGCUGAGGGGUACCUUACAGAGAGCCAGAGACAUGGCAAGGCAGGCUUGAGUCUGACAAAGCUUCUUGCUCGAUUGAAGAAUAGCAUUCGUCUUGUUGACCGGCCUCAUGGGCAGCAUUCAGUAAUAUUGGUAGAAGACAUUCCCAAAUACCUCGAAUACAAUAGUGAAAGAAAUGAUCCAGGUGGCAUUGUUGCGGGUUCUCGGCAGAUCUAUCUUACCUUUCCUGCUGAGAGCACUUUUUCGGAGCAAGAUGUUUCCAACUACUUUAACAAAUUUGGACCUGUUCAGGAUGUGAGGAUUCCAUGUCAACAGAAGAGGAUGUUUGGGUUUGUAACAUUUGUUUUUGCAGAGACUGUAAAGCAAAUUUUGUCUAAAGGGAAUCCUCAUUUUGUAUGCGGAGCGCGUGUUCUGGUGAAACCUUACAGAGAGAAGUCAAAGCUUGUUGAUAGGAAAUACGCUGAGAAAAUGCAUCAUCCAAUGUUUUACAACCAUCACCUUGUGGAUGGAGAUUCUGAGUUUUACUCAAUGCCAAGAGUUCCUGAUAAUUCAAGGUUACUUAGGAAGCAGUUGAUGGAUGAACGCGAGCAACUGCUAGAACUUGAGCGAAGGCGUCUCUCAGAGUUGCAAUUAGCACCUAAUUCCUUGAACCAUCAGUCCUGUUUCGGUUAUUCAAUGGAUGAGUGGAGACUAUCAGAAGCCCGUCCAGAACAAGCAGAGUUUCCAUCCGCUGAGCGUUUUAAUUAUUUGCUGGAUGUCUUGAACAAUGGUUCCAACAGUGAGGACAGAGCCAGGCCUUUUAGUUCCAGUUACAAUGACCCAGAUAGCAACCAAGGGCUCAAUCUUCCAGAUAGCCCAUUUGCAUCUCCAAUACGAGGAGGCAUAUCCACAGUUAUAUAGAGAUUCAGACAGACAGGAAUAAUAGAGGAUAGAGAACUGAAAUCAAAGACUAUGCAGUUGGGUUUGAUACUAAACAGGGGUUAGAGGAUUUUUCUUAUCAUUUUCAAUCGUACCUCCACUUUCUCAGUUUGGUUAUAGCUUCAAUCACGCUAGAAGUUCUUCUACAUGUUACUUGGUGGAGGAGAUUUGCAAAGAAGAAUGGUACAUAAAGCAGAUAUGUUUACAGGUUUCUUUUUCUUUUCUCGAUACUGAUACAGUCACAGAAAGCAAGCCAGAGCCUGUUAGUAUUUAAAAGAGAAUGUAAUAUAGCCUGUUCUUUAGAUGAAGAAGAAAGGUAGAAAGGAAAUGCGAGAUUUCAGAGUAAAGAAAGAUGUAGAAUGCUCUCUGCAAAUGCUUUAGAAAGAAAUGCUAAUAAAACCCAAUUUAUACAAACUGCUAAUUUCCUUU